AAGGCGAAAAAGACACCUAAAAACUGGGACUAUGGGAGCCCCGAGGAUAUGGGGACUACUUGGGCUGGCGCAGAACUGUCCCUGGGUAGAAAUUUAGUUCAGUGCUGGAUUUUUCCACCAGAAUAAACUUGUUGGAGUUCAGGUGUUGGAUAAUGGGAAGAGACCUUCUUGAGGAACUAGAGGGGAAGAUCUGCUAGUUUAGGAUCUUGGAAACCUUCCUUUUAUUUACAGGUCUAUUUCACCAUGUCUCAGCACAGGCAUAGUGGCGGCAGCAGCAGAGGAUCUGGCUCUUCAAAGGUACGGCAUAUGGAAGUUGAUGAAGAAUUCGCUUUAAGUCAGACUCAGUCGCUAAGUCAGGCGCAACGUAAUUUGGAGCAACACUCCCCCUCUGAAGUGGAACAAAAAGUAAACGAACUGGUGCAAUUCCUUCUGAUCAAAGAUCAGAAGAAAAUUCCUAUUAAACGGACAGAUAUUCUGAAAUAUGUCAUCAAAGACUACAAAGACCUCUUUCCUGAGCUCCUCAGACGAGCCAAUCAGACUCUUCAACAAGUAUUUGGACUGGGACUUGUGGAAAUUGACCCAAAGUACCAUUCCUACAUCCUGAUCAGUAAAUUUCCUCCUUUGGAAGCAGACAUUGCGAAUGAUGAUGAGAACACUCCCAAGAUGGGCCUUCUUAUAGUAAUACUUAGUCUUAUCUUCAUGAAAGGCAAUGCGAUCAAAGAAUCUGCUGUUUGGGAAAUGCUGAGGAGAUUACAUAUUGACUGUUCUGGGGGAAAACACAAAAUCUUUGGUGAUGUGAAAAAACUGGUGACAGAGGAAUUUGUGAGGCAAAAAUAUCUGGAAUAUACACGUCUCCCACACACAGAUCCUGCUGAGUUUGAGUUCAGGUGGGGACCACGGGCUUUUAAAGAGACUUCCAAGAAGCAGAUCCUACAGUUUGUUGCUAAGAUACAAAAUCAGAAUCCCAAGUCUUGGAUGAGCCAGUACAAUGAAGCGGAAGCAGAAGCAGAAGCUGAUGCGGUGGGAAAAUGAUAAAUAUUGUGGUGUUGAAUUAUAAGGAACUGUCAAAAAUUCCUCCCUGGAACUGCUAGAACCACUGCCUGUUUUCUGUUACUAUUCUUGUAGGAUUUUCAGAGCCCCAUUUCAUGUAAAGUGCUCUGUACUUAAUAAGUUCCUUGUUUUGUGAAGGAAAGAUGCCAGACUGGACCAUUUUAUUGGUGAUGAAGAUAAAAUUCUUCUCUAAAACUUGAUAAUUACUCAAGCAUUAGCAAUAGUAUUUUCUGGAAAUAAGAUGAUAGAAUAUCUACCAGAAAUAAAAAUAUUUUUGCAAUAUUUGCUAUAUUUUCUGCUUUGCUUCCAAUUUCAUUUCAAUUGACAUAUAUUGUAGAGUCCUGUAUUCAUUCAUCAGAAUAAAAAUAAGGUAUUUAUAUAAUCUUGGCAAAGUUUCCAUUGGAUCCUCUACUGAACAUAAGUGCUUAUUUAAUUCUCUCUAAAGAAAUGGGGCUUUAAGGGUGUUUGCCAGAAUUAUGCUCUGUGUUUUUUUAAAAAACAUAGUUUACAGUUGAUUUAUUCUUUGUUUAAAGAAUUUGAUGGAUGGGACUCAAUUAUUCCUCUUAGUUUGGCAGAUCUAUAGCAGGUCAUGGUUGUCCCAAAGGUAUUUUUUCAAGAGGCAGCUGGGUUUUUUUUGAAGAUGUUUCACUUCUCAUCCAAGAAGCUUCUUCGGCUCUGACUGAAUGGUGGAAAAUGGAAGGAUUUAUACUUGUUGCAUACAGCUGGUCAUCCUGUAGUCUGCAUUUUUUCUGGAAAUCCAUUCAUACUCCGCACCUUUCAAAGGGUAUUCAUCCCAACGAGCAUCGCUAAAUGUCUAUGGAGCCCAAAGGUGUUUUUUCAAGAGGCAACUGGACUUUCUGGUUUUUCUUUGAAGACGCUUCGAAUGGUG